GCAUCAUCCCCGCAACAGGUCCUACUUUUCAGCUAGACUACUAUACUCUCUUCUUUGGACCAUGGGCUCUACAGACUCCCUACCUGCCGGCCUCCCGGUCGAGAAUCCCACAACUCCGUUCUGGAGAACAGAGUUACAUCCCCUCGACGACCUGCGGACUACCCCGGAAUUGCCCCAGCAGAGCGACAUCGUUAUAAUUGGCGCUGGGUAUGCCGGAGUCAGUAUCGCAUAUCAUCUACUGAAGCAACAAGACCGACAAGGUCAACCUCACCCGUCGAUAACUAUCCUUGAAGCGCGACAGAUCUGUUCGGGUGCCACCGGCCGUAAUGGUGGUCACAUUCGACCUGAUUUGUAUGGUCAUAUUCCGACAUACAUUGAACGGCAUGGAACCGAGGCUGGUGCAGAACUGGCCAAUUUCGAGCUUUCGCAUGUUAAAGCCUUGAAAGAUGUCAUUUCUGAAGAAGGGAUUGAUUGCGAUUUCAACAUUACUCGGAAUAUGAAUGUGUAUCUCAACGAAGCUCAUGGUGAGAAGGCGAAACAGAAAUAUGAGGCACUGGCAUCCCAGGCGCAUUCGUUUGUCGAGGACAUACAUUAUACGUCACAGAAACAUGCUGAAGGAAUCUCUAGCGUAAAAGGUGCUAAGGCUUGCAUGUCCUAUACUGCAGGCACGAUAUGGCCUUAUAAAUUCAUUAUGGGACUGCUGUCAAAGAUUGUGGGCUCGAGUGCUCUUAAUGUGCAAGCGCACACUCCGGUCACGUCUGUAGCAUCUGAAUCCGUUUCCAGUCACCUGGUCAACACUCCCCGCGGAUCAAUUCGUGCUUCCAAAGUCAUCUAUGCUACAAAUGCAUACGCACCUGGCUUACUACCUGAGUACUCCUCGAAUAUCGUGCCCGUUCGUGGAUUAUGCUGUCAUAUCGCUGUCCCCGAGGGCAAGCAUGCUCCUUUCUUGCCAUACUCUUACAUCCUCAAUGGAGACGGAUGCAGCUACUUGAUUUCCCGGCCAGAUGGGAGUAUCGUCGUUGGCGGCGCCCAAUACACAUUCAAAGAAGCGAAGGAGCAGUGGUACGGUGUGGUAGACGACAGUACACUCAUCGAGCCCGCAAAGGACUACUACAAAGACUACAUGCAGCGCACGUUCCAGGGCUGGGAGGAAAGUGGUGCAUAUGUCAAGGAGAUCUGGACUGGAAUUAUGGGCUAUUCGUACGAUUCCAACCCUCACGUUGGUGAAAUCCCAGACAAACCUGGACAAUAUAUUUGUGCAGGAUUCAAUGGACACGGGAUGCCAGUAAUAUUCUUAACUGCCAAGGGACUUGCCGAGAUAAUUCAGACGGAAAAAAGCUUCGAACAGGUUAACUUACCGCGGAUUUUCAAGUCCACGGCGAACAGACUGCAGGCGGCUCAGGAAGCGUCGGAUGGAGGUGAUGUUCUGGCUUAAUUGGGUGCAUAGCUGUAUACAUAAAUCAAGGCAAUAAUACCAUGAAAUCGUUGAAUGCUUGUUCGGUGAGAGUUUAGAUGCACUAUAGAUUCUAUACAUGGAAAUCGCCGUUGCCCAUAAGCCACCCUAUAGAAGCGGCAGGCAUAUCAACGAACG